AUGAGGUGCGACACGUACCGAAUAGCGGGUCAAAAGGGGCAGCUCGUUGCCUCUCAGCAAUUAUUUAGCUGUCAAAUAUAUAAUUCGUACAAGUGCAAUUGUGUUUUUGUCGGUGAUUACGAUAAAUACGCUCAACGAGUAUCGGAUUUUUUUGACGAUUUGAUAAACUGCAAUGCAGUACCAUUAGUUUUGAUCGAUUGUGGUUGCGAGGAUAAGAAACUGCAAACAGUUAUAUCUAGAACUAGAGAAAAGGAAGUUUUCAAAGAUGUUAGGAGAAAGAAGAAUAUUCGUCAUGUGCAAUGCUUAUUCGAAGCUGAUAAUGCUAUAGCUACUGUAGCAAGGAUAUUGAAUUGUCCUGUAUCGAGUUAUGAUUCAGAUUUUUAUGUGUUUGGGACAUUGUACAUACCAUUUGAUACAUUGGACAAUUACACGGUGAAAAGUUCAACUGGAAAUGGUUACACGAAACGUUGUAAAAUUUAUAAAUUUGAACACUUAUUAAAUUCUUAUAGAGGUCUAAGUCAAUCUACACUGCCAUUAGCUGCAAUAUUACUAGGCAAUGAUUAUGUAAAACGUGGUACAUUUAGAAACUUCUUUCGUUAUUUAAAGUUACGACGAAUAACAAGAAAAAGGUAUAGUAAUCGACAGUAUUGUAUAGAAGCAACUUUACAAUGGUUGAGCGGAUUUUACACCUUGGACAGAGCAGUCAUUGGAAUACUAUGUAGAUCACCUAAAACCGUAAGACAAAAAAUAUUAAGCAUAAUAGAAAUCAAUAUAAAUGGCUAUACAAAUGCAUCUGCAGAAAUACUUGUUCCAUUGGGGUUUUUACAGGAAUAUGCAGCUCGUGCCACAACACAUUCCAUAAACAGAAUUUUUAAAUUUGAUGGAGAUGUUAAUAGUCUAAUGUACAUAGAAGAAACUGAUAAAAAUGGAGAUUUUGAAUCAUCCGAAGAAGAAGAAAAAGAGGAAGAAAACGAAGUUGAAAUAUUAGACAUGCUUAAAGGGGUCAGAAUCUACUACCAAUAAUGCACUACUAGCUAAUGUACCUAAUUUGUUUGUAGAUGAAUUUCUUAUGGGCAAUUAUCCUGCAUAUAUUAUGGACUUGUUGGUUCGACGUUUAUAUAUUUGUUCUGUACAAAUAGCGGAUUAUUCCUAUCCAUUGAGCAAUGUAAUAAGUUUAAAAAUUAUUAGAGUUAUAUAUGCAUUUCUGUAAUCAGGAAUGAAUAGAAGGAGAGGUUUCAUGAAAUACAUGGUGAGAGACUGUAAUAAAAAGCUUAAAUGUUACAAACUAGAAGGCACUGACAUUAAAUUUUCUUCCCCAUUACUGUCCCUAUCUAAUCUUAGAGAAGUACCAUUAACGAGUCCAGGAUUAAAAAAUAAUGUACAAACAUGCGUCAUUGAUUUUUCAUUACCAUUUGAAUUUAAAUUCAAGUUAUAUAGACACAAAUAUAUAAGCAAAGCCCAUAUUGAAUGAAAAAUUGACACGUAAAUACACGUUUCAAGACCCUCUGAUCAUGUUUGAUUUAAAACAAUACUUUGGAAAUAAAUCGUUUGAAUAUAGUUUAUCGAGUAAGACCUUCGAAAUUAUUUUCAAACGAUUUAUU